GGUGAAGGCGGGAGAUGCUCCCGUCGGGGCGGCUGUUGCCGGGCAGCGGCGCGGCCUGAGGGAAGCGUUGAGGUGAAGCCAUGCAGCAGAGGAGGCCGCGGGCCUCAGCCCCAGCCCCGGGGGUCAGCCGGCGGCGUCGAGCUCCCGGUGACAUCCCGGCGUCCACCAGCCUGCCGCCGCUGGUGGAGGGCCCUCCGCGCUGCGUCCUCUGCUGCACCGUGGGCAGAAUCGUGUGGACGGCCGCCAGACCGCCCUCCGCCGCCGUCCUCGUCCGCCUGAGGUGGUGGGGUGAGACCUCGGACGGUACCGUGUUCCACCCCUCCUCAAAGCCGGGGCAGGCGGCGGGCAGCAGCCGGUACACCGUGCGGUGCGGGCCUCGGCAGCUCACGGCCUACCUCACAGAUAUGGGCAUGCUUGUCCUGGAGGUCCUGACCAAACCUGACCGUCUUCCAGUUGGCAGAGUGCAGAUCACCGAAUUGUCCCAGCUCUCUCCCAGCCAUCCCAUCAGUGGGUUUUUCACCAUAGUUUCACCAACAGCUGAUAAACUGGGAGAGCUACAGGUUUCACUUGUUCUCGAACCUCUAUCAGACACAUACAAAACCAGCAGCUCUGGCCCAACCACAGCUACAAGUUCAGAUAUGACUCCUGCUCCAUCGCAGCAAAUGCAGACCACUCCUCCUGGCCAAGAGCCUGUUAACAAAAGCAGGGUCACGACUCCCAGAGUUUUGUUUUGCAGUUGGGGAAAGGACCAUUCAUUCUUUCAAGAGAACUCUGAAAACAUAAAGGAUGUUUCCUCUGCUUCCCACCACCGCCUCAUUUUACCAGAUGAACAUUUGAAAGUGAAUCCUUUGAGUCAGCAGUCAGUGUCAUUCCCCAGCAGCACUGAUCCUGAAGCACCCCUUAGUACAAACACACAUGUGUUCUCCUUGCACAACCCAACUACAAAAGACCUGCUUUCAGCUCUUUUGGAUCAAGGCAAUAAACUCCGUGAUGCCAUGGUUGCUUCUGCAAUGAAGUCCAGCCCAGACAUGGAGAUUGAAUUGAAUGAAGUGCCUCCUUUUGUAAAGCCAGAUGGUUUCAGAGCAGCAGCAAAGAGCCCAAAAGGCUUGAACUCAAAUUUUAUGCCUCCUCUUGAGGAUACCCAUCUCUUCACAUCUGAAGUCACAGGUCAGCAAUUAGACCUCAACUCUGAGGAGAGAGCAAUACAGUUACUGUUGGGCAGUGCUGAUUUAUCUCCUGUGCAUUUCUGGGAUCAGCCAGGUUCCCUUCUGGAUUCUCUCUCUGUUGGGAGUGAGGUGUAUGACAGUGAACUCAAUGAUCCCCACUAUGACCAGAGUCUGCUAGAAAGUCUUUUUUACACGACACCUAAGUCAGAUUCCAGUACAAGUGAUUUCCUCAGUGAUGAAGAUGUUAACCCUUCCAAAAAAGUAAGCAAAACAAAAACUGUGAAGAAAGCUGAUUCUGUGAAUGCACAGAAGGAUUCCACUGCCUUAGAUCAGGAUCAGAAGGUGACAGAAAUUAAACCCAGCUGCUCUCCUACCAGACAACUUGCUCCUCCAGAUGUUGACACAGAAGAAGCUCAUGUCACAUCCUUGAGUGUAGACAGGUUGGCUUUGCUGGGGAGAAUACACCUGGCCAGAGUCAUCAUUGAGAGCCUGAGAAUCCCUCUUGAGAGCAGCCAGAUUACACCAAGAAAGAAAGGUUUAAUGGGGAAGCCUCCAAGGCCUGCUUCAGUUAAUAAGUGUACCUUCUUUGUGGAGUACCAUUUUCCUGUGGGAGCCUCCAAGAAUGAAAAAGGACAAGUCUCCUUAACAACAGAAUUAACUCGAAUAGCUUCAAGUAAAAUCACAGAUGGUGUGGUGAAAUUCCAGCAGCGAUUUGUGUUCCCUGUUCGUUUUGGUGGAACGAUGAUAGAGCACUGGUGGAGCUCUGACCUUGCUUUUAAAAUCUACAUGCGAAAAAGCACACAAAGAAAGCCAGUGGCCAUUGGCUCAGCAGUGCUUCAGCUGUGCAAGGUCAUUCAGUCAGAACUCCUCACUUUCAGCUGUGAAAUACCUGUAGAAAAAGAGGGAGAUCAGAUGCAAGUUGGACCACUGAAGUUAUCGGUAGAGCUUGCAGCUGACAACAAGGACUUCACCUGCACCACUGCCAGGUGCUCAGUGGCUUUGCAGCAGCAAGUCCCACCUCAUGCCAUAAGAAGUCCUCGGAUGGAACUUUGGGAACCCAACAGGGACCGUGUCAAUGCAGAAAGCUGCUUGAAGUUUAGAAACCACGUGGACUCAGAGAAGACAGGAGCAGCCUGCACAAAUGUUGUGCAGCCACCACGGUCUGUUUCAACCCCUGUGGCCCGAAAUCUUAUGACACAAUUGCCUGCAGCUGAAGAUUAUGGGUUAUUACUGCAUGUGCUGCUGAUGGUGCCCGAUGGAAAGGAUUUUGUUGCUGAAAACAGUGGACUCCACACUUCUUGUAAUGUGUAUUUAAACUGCAAGCUGCUCAGCACAGAGGAGGCAACAAGAUCUGCGGUCGUAUGGGGUACAACACAGCCUACCUUUAAUUUUUCUCAGGUGAUGCCUUUUUCCCUGACUUCCAAACACUUGGAGCGACUGAAGAACAACGUCAUGGUUAUUGAAGCAUGGCACAAGAUGGGAAACCCUGGCAAUGACAGACUGCUGGGAUUGGUGAAACUGCCUCUGCAUCAGUUUUACAUCUCAUUCAAAGAUCCAAAGAUUUCCCACCUGCUGCUUCAGGCUCACUAUCCAGUGGUUGCUGUGGACAGCUACAUGCCUGUGAUAGACGUCUUCACUGGCAGUAAAAGUGGAAGCCUGAGGGUCAUUCUGGCAAUGGGCUCAGCUGAUCAGAUCGUGGCACUGCAAAGGCUGAAGAAUGAAGAAGGAAUGGAGCCUCCCAUCACCCAGCGCCCUGCCCACUUCCUGGACCCCCCUCCUACAAAGCUGACAAUGCAGUUGGAGAGAGAAGGGGAAGAACUGAUGGAACAUGUCUUUGAGAUUCAUGUGGAGAGUGUGAAAGGACUCACUCCCCUGCAGUCCACAGUGUGGGGAGAGGCUGACUGCUACGUUCAGUACUAUUUCCCAGUGCAAGAGGCUGGCUCUGGUGCAUUGCCAGGAAUUGAACUGCACACAGAUGGCAUCGAGUUGAAGCCUUUUCGCACAGCAACCACUUUAUGUGUUCCUGAUCCCGUCUUCAAUGAUGAGCAUCAUCAUUCUCUGUUGGUUCCAGCUGAUGUCCCAGUUCAGAGGCUUCUGGUCAGUGCAUUUAUGGCACCAGGAGCAGUUGGAGGAGGAAUCCAGUUUGAAGUCUGGUGCAGGUAUUAUUACCCAAAUGUCAGAGACCAGAUGGUUGCCAAAGGGACCUUGCCUUUGUCACGGCUGUGUGCCAUGAUAACUAUGCAGCAUCGUGAAGAAAUAGGAAUACAGACUUUUAAUCUUCCAUUGGUCCCCAGGACUGAUUCCUCAGAAGAAUUUCAUCUGCGGUCUUCAGGCUUGCUUGAUGUGAGUGUGAGAUACCAACGUUCUGUAAAAAUGGCAGCAAGAAGAACUGCUCAAACUGUUUCUCUUUCUGUACAAAUACACAGAGCAGCUGGUUUGCAAGCAGCAGCCAGAGCUGUGGCAGAAAAGAACCCUUCGGUCCAGUACUAUGCAGGUGUUGGAGUAAAUGCUUAUGUUUCUGUGCACCUCUCCUUCCUACCUGAGACAGAGAGGCACAGCACACGAGCUGUGGCUCGCAGCUUCUGCCCAGAGUUUGAGCACCAUGUGGAGAUCCCUUGUAACCUCAUCGUUCAGAAGAGCAGUGGAGAAGCCUCUUGUCUGGGGGAGCUCCUGCAGUCUGCCAACAUCACCUUCUCUGUGUACCAUCAGAGCAUCAAGUCGGCCACCGACACAAUGGCAGCUCGGACAUCGAGAGAUUAUCUUCUUGGGACAGUUACAAUUCCAACCAGGGACCUGCUGAGAAGACGAUCAGGUAUUACAGGCUGGUACCCAAUUACCCUCUCUGAAGAUGUAAUGCCUUCACACUGCACAAACAUCAUGCAGACCGUUGUGGGAGGACUGGAACUUUCUGUUACUUUUGCUCAUCACAAUGACAGAGAGCGUAUUUUGAAGGCUGCUCAGCUUUUGGGAUGGAAUGAUGAGGAAAGCCUUGAAGACAGCAUGGAUGAGAGUGAUGAAUGGGAGCCAAGUGACAGUCCGAUGGUCGUGACCAUUUCAACCCCAAGAGUGUGGCUGCCAUUGCACUGCGUGCUGCUUGCAGGCCAGAUGCACCUGAGUAAAAGCACUUGCUGCUACCUCAGAUAUAAGCUGUAUGAUCAGGAAGCCAUGUGGACUUUGCUUAAGAGGCCAAAAUUGUGUGAGGACAAGAAGAAUGUUACAGUGAACUUUAAGAAGGGCCACAAGGUGACUCUCAGGAAGAGCCAAGGGCUGAUUUGGUUCUUCAGGGAGGAGAAAUUAGAAAUCCAGGUGUGGUGGGCAUAUGGCAAAGAAAAUGGUAUGGAAAGACCGCUUGAUACAGAUCGUCUCAUUGGAUCUGCAUACGUUGACCUCAGAGCAUUAGCAGAGAGGUCAAGGAGAACACUGAGUGUUGGUGGAGUGUACCCAGUGUUCAGAUGCAAUGCUGCAGACCUCGCAGGGGCUGCUGUACGUGUUCACAUUGCCCUUACCUCCACUUCUGCUGCCCUAAUCCUCACGCCACACUGCACAGAGGAGCACAGCAACAGUGAAGAUGAAAGCACAGAGAGAGCACCUGACCCAAGCCAUCAGAUCUCUGAAAGUCAGGGUCAGAACCUGGAUGUCAGAAGCUCAGAAAUCACCAAUGGGAAACGACAAGAAGACGAUGUGGGGUUUUUGGAAAGCACCAUUGCUGUCAGCAUCCUUGUGGAAAGAGCAAUGCAUCUCAGUUUAAAAGGGAGUCCUCUGACAGAACGGGAAGUAGCAGCACCCAGUAGCUGUGUGUCAUUUGCUGUUGCUGGUGCAGAUGCUCCAAUAACCACUCCAGUAAUAGAAAACACAGAGUCACCUGUCUGGGACUUCCAACAGCAAGUAAGAUUAUCCAAAGAACUUCUGCUGGAUCCGCAGCAAACCUUGGUCUUCAAAGUGUGGCAUAAAGCAGAAACAGAACGGGUGAUAGGAUUUGCAUCAGUGGACCUUUCUCCCCUUCUUUCUGGCUUCCAGCUGGUGUGUGGGUGGUACAACAUCACCGACUUCAGUGGGCAGUGCCGAGGACAGAUCAAAGUAGCAGUCUCUCCCCUUCAAAGUAUAACUAAUCUCAAAGAAGAAAGGCAGGCAAGGAUCCGCACCCAGACUCCAAGCUCUGCAGUGAAGGCCAUCCUUCCAGCAUUUCCCAGUAAUGUUCCAAGCUCUUCCAAGCCUGUGUUGCCAAAGGAGAUUAGAAGUUCUUCUCAAGAGCUGCCUGUUCCUAGCAGAACUAGUCCCUCUAAGGCACACACACCUCGUCAUGAGGAGCACAUGCAGAACGUGCGCAGGUUUCACGAGUCCUUGCAGCAAGCAGAAGGAAAUGCACAACGGGCAGCCAGGAUGGAUUCGCUGUCACUGUCGUCGCGUGCUUCUCUUCUGACUGCUCUCAGAAAAAACUUGAGUGAGCUGGAUGAGGUUCAAAGAUACUUCAGCCAGAAGCUGACCAGGUCUCUUCCUGACUUCAGUGAUGGUAACAGAUCCCAACCAAGUCACAGAGAGCAGGAGAGUGAUCGUCAAGGCAUGAGGAGCAGAGAAGUGGAUCCCAACCGAUGCCAUCUUUUGAGAAAAUCGAGUCAGCUGGUGUCCCAGGUCAGCAGCCUCAUCAGUGACUUGCAGACUAUCACAAACAAUGCUAAAGACUCUUCUGAUGUGGAUCAAGACAGCAGCAGAAAGCUGGGUGCCUCUCAUGUACUCAGCCAGAAGGACAGAGAUGCCAGAACCGAUGUGUAUCAAGGCCAGCUGGGUUUGGACUCACAUGGUGUCAGCAGUGAUACCCAGCAGCCAUGCUCCUUUGGGAGAUCUGUGCUUGGCAGACGUGUGCUGCAGGAACUGCUUGACCAAGCUGUCCCUGAAGGGGAGCAUCCAGCAGACUGCAUCCAGGGAGAUGGAGGUGCUUUUGCCCAUCAGCCACACAGUGAAGAAGAGUACGAAGAAGACAUUAUAGAACCACGAACUCUUAAUGAAAUAACAACGCUGACUGACAGAACCAGUCCCUGGUCCAGUGUGCUCUCAGUAGAGCUGGGAGCUGACCAGCAGCCUGCAGACUUGCAGCCUGAAGGUCAGCACUCGGUGGACAUAGAUUGUUUGAGGAAAGGGAGCAGCCGACGGAGCAGCACGUUGUCCAGUACACCACGAGGUGACAACAGAAGCAUGCUCAGCUCUCUUAGCCCGUGCAUUAGUCCUCACACAUUGCAGGGCAGUCCUUGGACAGGGGCAGAAAGCUUUAAGAGCUUGAGUAACGGCACAGAAACAGCUGACAAGGAGCUGGUUCAGCCUGCUUGUUUGUCAGAAUUGCAUCAGACCAUCGGCGGCCUGGUAGAAAAUGGAAAUUACAGUUGGGACAGAACACUUAGCACUAAGCAAGUAGAGCAGCACACAGAGUUUCACACGGCCUCCAAGGAACUACUGGAAUUUCCAGGAGGCAUUAGUCUGACUGCUCCAAAAGCCACAGCGAGAGAGGAGGAAAGCAGUGAGGUUCUAAAUGAAGAUCAUCAAGAUGAGGAAAAAAGUGGUUCUGAUGAGGUCUGUGCCAAGAGUGUGUCUGCCCAAGCAGGCUUGGAAGGGCACAGUGGCAGCUUGUCUGAUGGCAGCCACGAAGACCCACUGGAAGAGUCAGGGAAGUCUGAGAAACCAAAAAUAGUUUUAUCUGAUCCAGUUGUUGUUCCCAACUUCUUCCUCCCGCCCCAGCAGAUGGAAGCCUCCAUGAAAAUGCUCAGCAGUUCUUCUCACCCUCCCACAGUGCAACCGUUAAACCUCUUCUUUUUCCAUACUCCAGUUACCCAGAGGACAGAGCUGAGGCUUUAUCCAGUAUAUAUGUCCUCUUAACCUGCUGAGCAGAAGUACCAAUGCUUUCUAUCAUUUUCCUGAUCAGAAAAAGCAGAGCAGGUGGCUGUGUUGCUGCACCCACUUGGGACCAGGCACGCUGCCCACUGUUUGAUGUGAACCUUUUGCUGCCCAGAAACAGAAGUAGGUCUGAGGUCAACCCGUGGGAAGUUUGUAGCCCCUUAACACAGAUCUGUUUGCACUUUGUUAGCACACAGUCAGAGCUGCCUGUCUGACCUGCUGCACCACAGGACUGCAAUGGAAUUUGCUUCCAGGUUACCAAAAUUCUCCGACCUUGGAAUGAGCAAACCCCCAACCCCUACAAAAUGCUCAGAAAUCCAUUUGCUUCACCCAAAUCCCUGUCACGCAGCAACCAGAGAACCCUGGGCCGGUUUAAGUGUCCUGCUGUGCUGCAGCCAUCUCUAUAAAAAGAAAGGUGAAGGGUGAUCUGGAUGUAACUCCUCUUCCUCUGGGUUUUCUGAUCUCAAUGUGCUCUCUGUGACUGAGCAUGGGAUACUUGGCACCAGUGACAGCGUUGGCGGGGGGACAGAGAGAGGCAGAGCAAGGAGGACUGCCUGGGCUUGGGCAUAGCAAGGAAUGUUUUAAACAUGCCUCAGACUGUGCUCUGGAAACUAUGCAGAAGAUUAAAGUUGAGCCAGCGUGGAGCUGCCCACUCGGUGCCAAAGGAUCUGCUCCAAAACAUGGCCAGAAUGCCCCUCUGUGUGCUGUGCCUGGAAGGUAUCAGUGCGUUUCCAAGAGAACAGCCUUGUGCAGAGGGAAAUGAAGAAGUGUUGGUCUUCCUUUAUCCACCUCCCAAAGAUGUUGGUGAAGCUACAGCCAUGAAUGUGAUUUACCAGGGCUUGUGGCUCGUCUCUGUGAGCUGGGAAUGCUCCCCGUGCUUGUCAGUUCACAGCUGCGCAUUAGGAAUAGCAAAAUAGAAAGAAGAGCUGCUGAGCCUCUGUUAAGGCUGGAAAUCCUUUCUCGGAAAGGUUCUUAAGGACACUGCUGCAAAUGGACACCGUGGUGUAAAAAGGAAGGAGGAUUUCACUUGCUUCUAUCAGAAUGAGCACAGUCUGUUUGGCAAGCACACCUCCUGUGCGGCAACCGGGAGCAUAGAGACCACCAUCCACCGUCAGGGGUGCCAUAACGCAGCAGGGAGGUGCUCUGCUGCCCUAUUUGCACUGUAAGGGCACAGUGCACUUUUGGGGUAAGCUGUUGCAUCAGCGCCAUAUGCAAAAUGUGGGUGAGGGACAGCAAGUUCUGCAGCAACCUCUAGCCGAGCAGGAAAGCCACUGCCUGAGUGAUACCUCUACUACCAACACUUCUUGUGUUGUUUAGCAUCCACCUCAUGCAUCUUUAUGUCCAUCCACUCACUGUCCCUAAAAAGGAAGAACAAAAAGAAGAGUAUCUUUAACAGAAAUCAACACUUCAAGAACAAAGGAAACAAAUCUCAUUUUGCUUUUAACAAUGGAUAAGAAGCUGUCUCGAUGGUCACACUCAGAGAGCUGCCCAGGUGGAGGCCAGUGAUGGGUGGUGCUCCUCAGGGCUGGGAGCAGUGUUAGUGAACGUCUUUGUGGGUGACACACACCGUGGGGUCGAGUGCACCCUCAGCACUUGGCAGAUGGCACCGAGCUGAGCGGUGUAGUCAGCACAGCAGAAAGAAGGGACGCCAUCCAGAGGGACCUGGGCAGGAUGGAGAGGUGGGCCGAUACCAACCUCAUGGAGUUGAACAAGGCCAAGUGCAAGGUCCUGCAGCUGGGUGGGGGCAAUCCCAAGCACAGAUGGAGGUUGGGCAGAGAAUGGCUUGAGAGCAGCCCUGAGGAGAAGGACUUGGGGGUGUCGGUGGAUGGAAGACUCAACGUGAGCUGGCAAUGUGGAAGCACUGAAGGCCAGACUGGAUGGGGCUGUGAGCAGCCUGGGCAAUGGGAGGUGUCCCUGCCUA